GCUCGCUGUUUCACUAGAGGGCGGAAGCACAGACUCGCCGGAUGUUAGCGCCGGUAAAUAUUGAGAAGAAGAGCGAACGCGGGUCUCAUUUUUUACAAUAACGACAUUGUGUUCAAAGUAUGCGGUAAGAAUACGAGAUUUCCAUUACGGGACGUGUAAUAGAGAUAUGUAUUCAGCGGUGCAGGUAUUUAAACUACGUCCGCUACACAUGUGUCUCGUUUCUGUUGUGAAAGCACGCGCCUUUUCAUGCUAGCCAGCUAGCUUCUCACUCGCGAGCUGAACGGAGCUGUGAGUGACGUUUGCGUGACGUGAACAGGUGCCCUGCGCCGUGUCGCCCUUUUUCUGAGCACGAUGGCGACUCAGAGGGUGCUGCCUCAAAGCAAAGAGUCUCUGCUGCAGAACUACAACAAGAGGCUGAAAGACGACAUCCGGUCCAUUCUGGACAACUUGACAGAAAUUAUCAAAACAGCAAAGAUAGAGGAUGAGACGCAGGUGGCCAGAGCGACCCAAGCAGAGCAGGACCAUUAUGAAAUGCACGUGAGAGCUGCCAACAUUGUACGAGCUGGCGAGUCCCUGAUGAAGCUGGUGUCCGAUCUGAAGCAGUUCCUGAUUCUGAAUGACUUUCCCUCGGUGAACGACGCCAUCAGCCUCCAGAACCAGCAGCUCCGCUCGCUGCAGGAGGAGUGUGACAAGAAACUCACCUCACUCCGUGACGAGAUCGCCAUCGACCUGUAUGAGCUAGAGGAAGAAUAUUACUCCUCCAGGUACAAGUAGGCUCAUACUUGCCCCCAUCCCACUACCCCUCUAUUGUCCCAUGCCCUGCACCAUGUACUGUCUCACAUUCACCAUUUUCAUUGCUGAACCCAAGGAAGGGUUUAGUUCUUGCCUCAUCUAAAUCUGACACUUUUGGGCUUGAAUUUAUCUCAUUGUCAUAUCCAGACAUUCCCAUUCAUCAACAGAGAUCAUUGCUGAGGGUCAUUGUGAUGGAGAGCAUCUCGCUAAGUGACUAUUGAUUAGUAAGUGCCUUGAGUUUUUCUGCUCUAUGACGUUUGUCAUAAUUGGCCCAAUUUGAGAGGAUGUUCGCAACAAAGGGGAAUUCAACUGAAUAUUAGCUGUGUAAAUGUAUCCAGCUCUUGAACAAUCACAGUUCAACAUGUACCUUUUUGGUUUUCAAACUGCAUUAGUCAACUGCAUUGAACUCUCUGAGGGCUUGAAUGGUGAUGGGAUGCAUUUCAUAAUUGAGAAAAGAAAGUUUGUUCGUUGAUCUACUGCUGAGUUUAUUUCUAAAUGCUUUCCAAAAGUGUUUGUCAGGCACAUGGGAGUGAGGCCUUUUCACAUAGUUAAUUCAUUACUAAAAUAAUUUUAAUAGACGUUACAACCAGAGUUAAUCAAAAUCCAACAAAUUAAAGCAAAUGGUAUUUUCUACAUGGAUUCAUUUUUAGAUGGCUGUCAGAAGACUGAAGUGUUCCAAAACAAAGCUUUUGUAGGGAAUCUCCUUUUAGACGAAUUACACAUUAAAUCAGAAUAUUAGUAUAUAUUUUAUAGAUGUAUCAUUCAAUAUUAUUUAUAUAUAAUAUUCAAAUCAUAAAUGUAGAGGUGAUGACCUGAAUGGUAGGUUUUAAGGAUGGACUGUGGAUGAAUGCUUGGUUCAGACAGUCAAAUUAAGUCUUGCAGUUAUUUAUUUUAGGUCAAAUCUGAAAGUUUCUCAAGUAGACCUUUUUUGGGGGGGGUAAAAGCAGUUAGGUUCUCAUGUUUAAAUGAUUCCGUCCUUAAGACCACAAGUGACUCAAGCUGUAAUCUGCAGGCAAUAUCGAUCACGCGUGUGGUUGCACUUGUAUACCAGUUUGUCCCAGCUGUUCCAUUAGAAACCAGAAUGAUUAAGAAAUAAAGUAGACAAAACACUGUA